CAGAUAUAGUGAAUGCAGGGUCCGGGGAAACCAGAUAUAGUGGAUGCAGCAUCCUGGGAGAUCAGAUAUAGAGAGCGGAUAUAGUGAAUGCAGGGUCCUGGGAGAGCGGAUAUAGUGAAUGCAGGGUCCGGGGAGACCGGAUAUAGUGAAUGCAGGGUCCUGGGGAGACCGGAUAUAGUGAAUGCAGGGUCCUGGGGAGACCAGAUAUAGUGAAUGCAGGGUCCGGGGAGACCGGAUAUAGUGGAUGCAGGGUCCUGGGGAGACCAGAUAUAGUGAAUGCAGGGUCCUGGGAGACCAGAUAUAGUGACUGCAGGGUCCGGGGAGACCGGAUAUAGUGAAUGCAGGGUCCGGAUAUAGUGAAUGCAGGGUUCCUGGGAGACCAGAUAUAGUGAAUUCAGGGUCCUGGG